UGGCGUCGGCGCCUUCAUCCUCCAGUGCAAGAAGAUGGACUUGCAUUACUGCGACUGGGCGGGCAGUUCAAAGGGCAUGAAUGGCUUCAUCAAGUCCCUCCUCCCCAAGUUCGCCGCCGCCCACCCCCAGAUCGAAUUCACAGUCUCCCCGCGGCCGUCCAAGCAUCCCGUCAUCAUUGGCCACUACAUCAAUGGCCGCCAAAAGGCCAUCUGUGUGCGGAAUAUGGAGCCCUACGAGAUCCUCAAAAAGGUCGAACUGUUGAGGGACGCCAGCGGCGAGCACCUGAAGAGGACGACAAAGCCGGUGCGGAGUAUCAACGAGUCCGUCAGAGGCAUCUGGUCCCCGUACCACGGCAAUGGAAUGGUGGUAUAGGAACAACAAGGCAGCGAUGCUAUAUAUGGGUUGUAUGACUACGAAUAUGUCACAUUUCACAAGCGGGUUCAAGACGGGGCCGCUUUGUACAAUACAAUGAUGGAAUGCACUACAUCGGCGGUUGGGAAUCACAGUACAGAGUGCUUGUGCCAUGAAGAGCCAGAUGGCAACUUGGAAAAGAUUGAGUGAACUUUCAUCUAUUGCAGGGAUUCUGUUUCAUAAUCUAUCCUCGCAGAUGCAGCAGCUUUUGUAUUACCGAUCCCAAGACGAGCCCUUUAGUCCCGACGUCUCGGCAAACCAGACUCACAGGUUGGAGUUGAUGAUGUCGACGA